AUGCGUCUAGUACAGGGGGAGUCGAAGACUCUGCUUCUGCCGCUGGCUAACCUACUUGUAGGUGAAAGGAAAGCCGAGUGCGUCAGUCUUUCUUGCCAGUACAAAGCCUCUACCAGUCCAAGACUUUUACAGUGCCUCCAAGCGGCAGCACACGUGCGGAGGUUUGGCGUGGUGUUAACUGCUCCACCCUGUAAAAAAAUUCUUGUUACGGAAACUGAAAACCAGAACCAAACUCAACAUCAGGACAAUAAUGGUGAUCUCCCAUCUGGAAACCAGACUGGACAAAUGAAUGCUCACAGCACGACUAGACCAUCAUUGUUGCAUCCAAAGCAAUAUUGUUACAUUGGGGCAUGGAACGUGCGGACAAUGUACGAGACGGGCAAAGCUGCACAGAUGGAAAGAGAGAUGAAUAGAUAUAACAUUCAAAUUCUGGGAGUUAGUGAAAGCAGAUGGACAGGAAACGGAAUAAUAACAAGAAACUCUCGUAAUACCAUCAUAUACUCAGGAAGAGAGGAUAACAACCACAGAGAAGGGGUAGCCAUCAUCAUGACACCAACAACAAAGAAAAGCAUGAUAGAAUGGAAACCAAUUAAUGAACGGUUAAUGACAGCAAGAUUUAAUGGUAAUUACGUCAAAACAUCAAUUAUAGUCUGCUAUACUCCAACAAAUGAUACAGAGGAAGAACAGAAAGACACCUUCUACCAACAACUACAGAAGGCAAUAGAUAAAGUACCAACACAUGACGUACUCCUGAUAAUCGGAGACCUGAAUGCCAAAGUUGGAAGUUCAAAUGAAGGACGUGAGAAAUCAAUGGGAAAACAUGGAUGUGGGACUAUAAACGACAAUGGUGAAAGAUUGGUUGACAUCUGUGAGUUGAACAACUGUGUGAUAGGUGGCACUAAAUUCCCACACAAAGAAAUAUAUAAGAAAACAUGGAUAUCUCCAAAUGGUAGGGACAGUAACCAAAUUGACCUCAUCAUAAUAAACGGAAAAUGGAGGCACUCGUUAGAAAAUGUCAUCGUUCGACGGAGUGCAGAUGUAGGCAGUGACCAUCACUUAUUGUUAGCAAAAAUCAGAAUCCACCUGAGAAAAGCCGUGAAAAGGUCAGAGACAACAAGAAUAAAGUACCAUACAACAAGACUGAGAGAUCCAGGUAUACAGAAAAAGUUCUCUUUGACACUGAGAAAUAGAUUUCAGGCACUUGGAGAUAUAGGAGAGGGUUUGGAAAACAACUGGAAUGCGUUUCGAGACAGUAUCAUACAGACCAGUGCAGAUGUGCUUGGCACUAAGACAAGAUCAGACAAAGACUGGAUACAACUGGAUACAUGGAAGUUGAUUGACAAGAGACGACUUCUUAAACAGAAAAAGCAGAAUGCAAGAUCAGAACGAGUAACAGCUAAAUACAGUAAAGAAUACUCUGAAUGCAAUCAAGAGACCAAAAGAAAGUUAAGGAAAGGAAAAAAAAGGGAAUAUUUUGAAGCAAAAGCAAGCGAGGCAGAAGAGGCAGCAAAAAAGGUCAACAAGGAGAAAUUUUCAAAAUCACAAGAGAAUUGUCUGGGAAAUAUAACAGCGGAAGCUCCAUCAUAA